AACACACCAAGAAAUGUAAUCAGUUAUAAAACUGCUUCUAGAAUUUUGUGUAAGACUGCUUCUUGUGUUGUCACCAACAUGUAUCUUUAGAAUUGAUUAGACCUUUAAAGAAUAAAAUAAUUCAUCAUGAAAUAAAAUUUAAAAAAUCCCAAAGCUAACACUCAAUCACCUAGCAGGUGUUUAAACAAAAAUAGAACUAGUUAGAAAACUGAGUUCUCUAGAUUGCCUGUUAAUGAAAACACCAUUUCAUCUGGUUCUUUAAUACAUCCCCAGCAAGAUGAGAGAUUCUUAGACCUCUAAAACUUAGUCCAUUCACAAAUUUAUACACAGCUCUUAACUACCAUAAGGCUGUAUUUCUCACUGUAAGCUCAGAAGUAUAAGAAAAGGUAAGUUUUUUCUAAAGCAUCAGAAUUAACUGUAGAUUAAACAGGAGAGACACUUUCAGACAUGAAAAAAUAUAGCAAGUAAAUAAAUACUAAGCAAUAAAUACUUUUAUACUAUCAUAGUAAUAGACUACAGCAAAACAGUAGCAAGAUCACAAAUGCAAUUUCUUCUUUCCAACUCAAAACUGGAAGUAGCUUUAUUGGCUUUAGGACUUUUUUACCUCCCUUGGUUUUGCAAGAACCCCUUUGAUUCCCAAGACAUGAGAGUUGCAGUAAUCCCCAAAAAAGCCCAAAAAGUUGUAAUGAGAAAUUGUGUAUUUUUGUAUUAGCAGGGGUGACUGUUAAUUUGCUGGAUACAAAUGGGCACUUGAAUCUUAGCUUUUCAUCCACACUAUUUAUUGUGUCUUAUUACAGAAAACAGAUUGGUGAAGUACUGGCUAAAUUACAUCUAGUUGUCAAAGAAUCAAACCACUUAAUUGUAGUAGCCAUAGUAGGAAUUUUUAACAGUGCUUGGUUUAAACUGACCAAAUAGUCUUAAUUUGAAUGUACUUACGUUCUUCCAAAGUGACAAUCUGGAUUUUUACUCUUAAAUGCCUUAAUACCAGAAGUUUCUUAAUACAUGCACGUGUUCUUCCAGUCCUCUGUGCUCUAAAACACAUUUUGUCAACAGAACUGAAGCAUUUAACUUUCUUGCUGUACUACUGUAUGUUUUAUUAUAGCACACUGAGCCAUAAGGAAUUCAGGUUCAUCUAUCCAGUACUGCCAUUCUGCAUGAUUUUUUGUGGAUAUUCUUUGAGAUACCUGAAAGCAUGGAAGAAAACUGCAGCAAGUUUCCUGCUGUUAUCCAAUUUAGUCCCAGCCCUGUAUACAGGCUUGGUUCACCAGCGAGGCACUCUGGAUGUUAUGAGUCACAUCCAGCAGCUCUGCCAUCACUCUCAGCAGUCACAAGCUUUUGUUUUCAUCCUGAUGCCAUGCCACUCUACCCCAUUUUACAGUCAUGUUCACUGUCCUCUAAAAAUGAGAUUCCUUCAGUGUCCCCCAGACCUAAUUGGCAAUGCGAGCUACGUCGAUGAAGCAGAUAUGUUUUACUCUAACCCACUUGGCUGGCUGAAUAAGGAAUUUUACAAUGACACAUUAUUGCCCAGUCACUUGAUCCUCUUCAAUGUGCUAGAACAGGAAAUAUCCUCAUUUCUAGCUUUAAGGGGCUAUGAGAAAACAGCCACUGUCUUUCAUACUCAUGUACCUCAAGGACGAGUUGGAAGCCACAUCUCCAUCUACAGGAGAAAAACUGAAGUGAAUUACCCCUGAAGAUCAGGCUAGAGCUCAGACCUAAGGAGAUCAGUUUUGCACAGCAGUAGCUAUGCUUACACCUUAUGCUGCAGAAAGGAGAAAGCACUGACUCUGAAACUGGGGAAGCCAAUGGGAAGUCCCAUGAGGCAGCCAGUGGCUGCCUGCAAACACAUAAACCUCCUCCUGAAGGCAGCUUCGGUAGCAGUGGGGCAGGGUGGGGCUGCUGACCUACCUUACAACACUAGAAAUCAUUGGGAAGACCAAAAUUACCAUAUGAAUACUUAAGCAAUAAAGUAGAGACAAGACUGGACCGUUUUUAUAGAACUGUACAGCUAUGCUGAGUUUCUUUUAUAAUAAAAGACUUUUACCCACAAUGUCUCUUUUAUUUUUCUUCUACAAUAUGCAGAUAUGCAAGACAUUUCAAGUGUUUAAAUCAGCACGCUGAUUAGAAUGCAGCACAGCAAAUUCUUCACAAUUCAACAGGCUCUUGAACCCCCCCAAAGACAGGAAGCAAAUAUAAGGUUACAAAACACUAACAAAUACAUUACCACAAUGUUGAUCUAUUUUCUGAAGGAUGAGAUGAAGUUA